UAGCGGCAGAACCGCGCAGUAAUAAAGUUCGAACCAUGCGGAAAGUCCUGUUUCUGCCCUUAAUUCUCGCGCUGGAGGUUUACGCACAUUUCAAUUUUUUCAUAACACAAGAAGAAAUGUUCAGGCUUUUAGGUAUAAAGGCAGAGGUGUAUUAUGUGGAUAGAGGAGUGGUAAACAAGUAUGCUCUCAACUUUACGGUGAUGAUUCCUGCACAUAUAUCAGACAUACAUUUCUCAUGGCAAAGUUUGGUUAAUCAUUCGCUACCCUAUAUUCUGGCAGUGAGUUAUGAUGGACAAGAAGCUCUACUUCCACCGCAGAUGAAUAUUUCAUCAACUGGUGUGAUCCCAACAUCUGUGCAGACCUUUAGAGUCAUGUUAGUGUGCACUGGAAUAAAAAGCGCUGAAGUUGAAGUCAGACUUCAUUUGAUUGUACCCUCGUACAAAAAGAUAUACAACGAAACAUCUCUUAAUUUCAGGAGAAAUAAAAUUUGUCAGAAAGGUAGCGAGAGUGUUUAUAGGAAUGAUUCGAUCAAAUUGGAUCCUGAAUCCUUGGAGAAUGCAACAGGAUCGCUCUAUGUGGCAGUGGCAAGUGCAGUAACAAUGAUAACGUUGAUUGUUGUUACCACUUCCGCUGUCUGUAUCAAGAACAAGAAAGUGCGUUCUCAAGAUCCUCAUUACAUGUCAGCUAUUUACGACAACAAUCAUCACGUAUUCGUUAGUCUUGGAUCGUCUUUGAGAAGACCCUCGAGUGCAGGAAGUGGUAGCUACGCAACAAUUGCCAGUAUUCAAAAAUCACCACCCUCACCGUCGGCCUACACAACAGGAAAUGCUUGCAGAGUAUCUUAUUACGCCUCAUCCCAGGUGGGGUUGAUGUCUCAGACUUGUUCACAAGAUACACUCGACAUGAAUAAACGCUUGCGCGAUCUAGCGGUGUUGAGACAAACUUUGGUGUUGGAAGAAGUAAUAGAACAAGGAAUUUUCGGUCUGAACUAUCGAGGUAUCUUCAAAGGAGAGAGAUCUGUUAUGGUGAAAACAUUGAAAGAGGGAGCAUCUCAAAGGCAGAUCAAUGUAUUCUUGUCUGAAGGCAUGAUGAUGUAUGGGAUGGACCACAAAAAUGUUUUAACUGUUUUGGGGGUGAAUACAGACAGUCAGAAACAACCAUUAUUUAUAUACCCAUACAUAAGUAGAGGCAACCUCAAAAGAUUCCUCAUAAAAUGUCGACACAGAGAUGAUGACCAGUAUACCCUAUCGACACAAAGUCUUGUAGAUAUAGCUAUACAAGUUAUAUUAGGUUUAAUGUACCUACACAGUCGAUGUCUAUGCCACAAGGAUAUUGCCACAAGGAACUGUGUUAUUGGAGAUAAGCUUCAAGUGAAAAUAACUGAUAGUGCCCUAUCUAGGGAUUUUUUUCCAAACGAUUAUUUUUGCUUGGAGACGAAUGAGAGUCACCCUGUAAAGUGGCUGGCUCUUGAAAGUCUCAUCUAUAAACAAAACUCUACAGCAUCAGAUGUGUGGUCUUUCGGUGUUCUUUUAUGGGAAUUGACAACUCUAGCACAACAGCCUUAUCCAGAAAUAGAUCCUCAAGAUAUGUGCAAUCAUCUGAGAAAUGGUUAUCGACUCUUUCAACCUGUAGGCUGUCCUGACGAAUUGUAUGCCAUCAUGGCCUACUGUUGGCUGGCCAAUUCUACCGAAAGGCCACAAUCAUCUCAACUCCUUUCUUUUUUGCAGAAUUUUUAUACUGCUUUAUGUCGAUUUAUUUGAAUCGAAAGAUAUGAGACUGACUCUUCUUACGUUGAGAAGAAGAAGGUGACAAAAUGAGUUAUUCGGAAGAAGGGAUAUAAUAUUAAAACAACAUUAUUUUGAUGUCUAAUGGAUAAUGUACAAUCGAUGUUAAACAGGGUCGAAUUAUACAAAGAUAAUAAAUAGAUCGGUUCAAUUGUUUGUUAAUGAUUCGCGAGACUGAGGCUUGCUACAACAUGGAAUUUUAGCUUUUUCCAUUCCAAAAUUUCGAAAUCGUUGAAAUUAAUUUUUUUUGUGAUAUUGUAAUAUGCAGGGUUUGGAAUAUCAACUGAUAAUGGUAAUUUUGGAAGAUGUGGAUUUCAUUAACUGUUACUGCUCUUGAAAUCAAUAGGAUAAAAAUCAGAGACAAUCCUCCUGAAAUUGAGUAUUUUACAUAUAGAAACUAAAUUUUAACCUAGUUGGAUUUACUGUUACGGCAAUGUUGAGCAUUUUUCGAAAUUCUGCUUGAAUAUACUGUGGUUUUGAUGACGCGAUCCGCACAAAAUUCAACUUGUUCUUCAAUAUUCUGUGGUUCUUUUUUGUAAUUAACACAACGUCGGCUAAGAGUGUAAAUCUGCCAUGUUCAUAAUGAACAAUUUUACAGGA